UCUAUCAAUUGAUCGCUUCGCCCUGUGACGGAUAUCUAGUAAAAGCAUAGCUUCUCGUAGUCUACAGCAUGCUUUCUAGACAUAUCACGCAACAGACUCGCAGGCUCGCCCUCGCGGCCACCUCGAGAGGUCCGGCAGCAGCACCCAUUCGGACCGCUGUUAUGGCUCAGACGAUCAGCCGCUCAAGAUCGCUGGCCAAUGCCGCUUUGGCUCAGGAGAUUGAAGAUGAUCUCAAACCCCUACCCUGGGCCGUUCCGGAACAGCCUCGUGCGGCCAGCCUAAUCGAACCCGAGGUCAAGGAGGCCAAGGAGAUGUCGAAUGACGGUCCCAACUACACUUUCGAUUCUCUGAGGCGUCGGGUAGAUCACGAUACUAUCAAAGCUUUGACUCAGCGGCCGUUCAGGUUCACGAACAUGUCCGAGGUGCAAUACAGGGUAUUGUCGCAGAUGCCCGAGGUAGCUGGGAUCAUGCCUCGGCCUCCCCAUGGGAUGACCCCAAAGGCUUGGAUGGAAAGCAUGCCGGAGGGCAGCGAGGAGCGGAGGGUUCUGCAGGAUAAAAUCGAGAACGGAGUGAGGAAGAAGGAUAUGUUGGUCAAGGCCAAGACUGGUACUGGAAAGACCAUUGCUUUUUUGGUACCGGCUAUCGAGAGGAGGCUUCACAAUCUCGAUCAGGAGAGCGACAAGAGCAGGAAAAAUCCUGGCGAGAAAGCUGAUUCCAGCGAGAAAGGACUCAUCCUUCGUGAACUGUCCCGAAGCACCGUCGGAACUCUGGUGAUCUCCCCGACCCGAGAGCUCGCCACCCAGAUUGCCAACGAAUCUAUCAAGUGUCUCACCUGGCACAAGCUUUACCAGACCCAGCUACUGGUUGGAGGUGCUAGCCGAAGAACUCAGAUCAGGCUGUGGAGGCGGGACAGAAAGGACGUGGUAGUCGCUACGCCUGGUCGUUUGAAGGAUCUGCUUCAGGACCCCGAGGUAGGAGAGAGUUUUGCCGAGGCUCUGAGCAAGACCGGAACGCUCGUCUUGGAUGAAGCCGACACUUUGUUGGACAUGGGUUUCACCAACGACCUGAACUUCAUCCUGAGCCACCUACCCAAGGACCGUCAAACGCUCUUGUUCUCUGCUACCGUUUCACCCGCUAUCAAGAAGAUCGCUCGAAGCUCGCUGGACAAGGACCACCUCUUCAUGGACUGUGUGCCCGAGAAUGAAUCCAACGUGCACGAACACAUCCCUCAAUAUCACACUGUUCUGCCCUCCGCUGCGGAUCAGAUCCCUCACGUGCUCAGGCUUCUCGCUCACGACCAGCUCAAGAACCCCAAGGGGUCAAAGGCCAUCGUGUUCUUGCCUACCCUCAAGCUCACGCAGUUGUUCGCGACCUUUGUUCGAGAACUGUCAGAAGCUCUGCCUUACGGAAGGAAAACAAGCGUCUACGAGAUUCACUCCAAGCUCGACCAAGACAGGCGAUCGAGGGCUUCGGACAGAUUCAGGAACGACUCUAGCCCUGCAUCCGUUCUAGUCACCUCGGACGUCUCUGCCCGAGGUGUCGACUACCCUGGAGUGACACGCGUCAUUCAGGUCGGUAUCCCCGGAACUGGCGAGCAGUACGUGCAUCGUGUCGGAAGGACCGGUCGAGGCGGUAAAGAGGGAGGUCGAGGUGACCUGGUACUUUUGCCUUGGGAGUCGAGGUUCUUGGAAGAGUUGUCGGAGGUUCCCAUUCAGGCGCAGAAGCCGCACGACCUGCAACAGGAGAUGGCCGCAUUGACCGAAGCAUGGGAUGCCGACUUGCCUCAGCUCCCCGCUGCAUCGAACUUUGGCAACCGGAGUCGAAUCGCCACACCCACCCGUGCUCAGCCGUACGCCGAGCGCAUGGAGAGGAUUCCUGAGUACAUCUCCGAGCUAUUGGCUGGUGUUGACAGCGAGGCCAUCUACUCGACCUUCAGCUCGAUGCUCGGCUACUACAUCGGGAAACAGGACGUUAUCAAGGCCAGCCAUCAGUCGAUCUUGAGCGGUCUGACGAAUUGGGCUGUCCAAGCUGGGGGGUUGGAACAGCCUCCUUCCGUCAGCCCUAUGAUGCUGGCCAAGCUGGGAUUCAAGGCAGACCGACCGAGGUUUGGCGGUAGCAGUGGAGGCAGAGGAGGUAAAUUCGGCGGGGGAGGUGGUCGAGGAGGAUCAUUCGGAGGUCGAGGUGGACGAGAGGGAGGUGGAUCUUUCGGAGGUCGAGGUGGACGUGAAGGAGGGAGUGGUGGAGGCGGCAGCUUCGGUGUCCGACGUGUGCACACCGUAACUCGACCCGGUAUGGCGAAGCGAUACCUCUCGAUUUCGGCCAUCCGACGUGAGGUCGAGGCAUUCAAGACAUCAUCUGGAAACGCCACCGGGUCCCCGGACGGCAAUUCGGGUGAUUUCUUUAGCACCUUGAUGGGCAUGCAGUCACGUGGUAGCUACACCCACGAAGGCCCUUCUCCAGCUAAGAAGGUUGUCCUUACCUUUGGGGCUCCUGGUAACCAGUACAGUGGGAGGAGCAUUGUCGCUCGCGAUGGUAACUUUACCGCGGCCUACCGAAGAUUGUCCGGAAUCAUGAACAGGAACAAGAUCAGGAAGGAGUUGCGUCUGGGAGAACACCACGAGAAAGGAAGCGAGAGGAGGAGGCGUCUCAAGUCGGAGAGGCACAGGAGGAGGUUUGCAGAGCUCGUCCGUCAAAAAGUACAACUCGUACAGGCUCUUUACAAGGCUUGAUUUCGCAUUCACAAUAACGACCGGAUCCACAUGUUUUCGAAACGACCAAUCACCAUUCUCCCUUACACCUUUUGCAUCGCUAGCGGACCGCAUAGACGUUGUAUCUAGAACGCUCGUGAAACGAGCAAAUGUAUAAUAGCUCAUACGACAUAGCAAGACACCUUC